AUGUCGCCCUCGUCGCCUCCAGGCGGUUCCUCACCACCACCACCAACCUCGCCCGAUUCUGCUUCUUCGGACACUGAGAAGAAGGUUUUGCAGAUCAAGCGCCUCCUUUCUUUGCUUCCUCUCAUGGACAAGGUCAAGGACUUUCUCACUGGUGACGCGCAGGUCAUGCUGAUUCUUGGUGACUCCGGAGCUGGCAAGUCGACUUCCAUUCGACACCUGGAGCACGAGAUCUGGCAGGAGUACAAGGCGGGAGGCCGUAUCCCGCUUUUCAUCAAUUUGCCAGCCCUGGAGCGACCAGAGAAGAACUUGGUUGCAGAGCAAUUGAGGACGCACAAUUUUUUGGAGGAUCAGAUCCGAAAGCUGAAGAAACACCGCCGGUUUAUCUUGAUCUGCGAUGGCUACGACGAGAGCUAG